UUAAUGCAGUUGGUGAGGCAGGGCUAGGUCCGCACAUAGCAUGCUUUACCCAUACUCUCAACCUGGUCGCUAAGAAAGCACUGGAAGUCAAAAGCAGGUAUCGAAUGUACUUGCAAAAAUGACAUCGACUGUGUCACAUUUCCACCGUAGCACAACUGCUGCCUACAUUUUAGAAAGCAAACAGGACAUGCUUGAUUUGCCAAACCACAGUCUCAUCAUUGAUGUUGCCACACGCUGGAACUCAAGCUAUGAAAUGGUUGAGAGAUACCUAGAGCAACAAGCCGCUAUUUACUCUGCUUUGGCAGAGAGGAAUGUCAGGACCAAGGACAUCACAAAUCUUUCAGAUCAGGAACUGUCCUGUGCAGAGAACAUAGUUGAAGUCAUGAAGCCUUUGAAGACCAUCACUGCAGUAAUUAGCACAGAAACAUCUCCAUCUAUUUCAAUGAUCCUGCCCCUGCAAACUACAAUCCUGAAAUCCACAGAAAAAAAUACAGCUGAUGCCCCAAUUGCAAGAGAUAUGAAAAAUGCCAUCAGAGAAAACUUUCAAGGCCGAUAUGAUGACCCAGACCUCCGGGAUUUCUUAAAUAAAUGUACAGCAUUGGACCCCAGAUUCAAAACACUUAAUCACUUGGAUCCAGCUUGUCAUCAGAAAGUCCAUGAAGAUCUCAUCAGAGAAGUUCUGGACAGAGCAGAACAGAAUGAUACCCUCCUGUCUGCAGAGGAGGACAGUCCAUCAACUUCACAGGCCACUCCUUUGUUAGUGAUGGGAGAACAGUCAGAGGUAUCCUCCUCCCCACCUCCUUCAAAGAGGUCGGCAAUGGCAGAAAUUUUUGGCUCACUCUUCAGAACUGAUCAGAGGAACCAGCCUAAUUUGAAGCAGAAGCUGAAGAAGAAGUCUGUGCAUACAUGGCAAAGGAAUGCACCUCGAUUGACUCUGAGCCGCUUUCCUGGUGGAAAUGUCACGAAUCUCUGUAUCCUAAUCUAGCUAUACUGGCAAAAAGUUACCUGGCCAUACCUGCUACUUCAGUGCCCAGCGAAAGGGUUUUUUCCACAGCAGGUGACAUAGUUACUGCCACUAGGUCUGCACUUAGCUCUGACAGUGUGGACAAACUAGUUUUUUUGAAGAAAAAUUUAAAACUUGAAUAAAGGUGUAAUAUGUUAAGAGGUAUAUAGUUUAUUAUUGCAAAAUGCAAAUGUUAAAACAUUAUCCUCCAAUGUUGUGUUGUGAUCUGUUGUAUAUAUCAUGUUCACUGAACUA